AUGUGGUCAAAGAUUCUUCUGAGUAUUUUGUCCUUGAACUGGAUUGCCACAGUAUCUUCUGAACCUCAGUAUGUGCUGCUGGUCCCGGCAGUAGUGCGCAGCGACUCUCCACAGACUGCUUGUGUACAGUUCCACAGCCUCAGUGAGCCUCUGUCCCUGAGCAUCAUCCUGGAAUAUGGCAGUAUCCAGAAGACUCUCUUUGAGGAAUUUGUGACAAAGAAUGAUUUCUUCAAGUGCUGCGAGUUCAAGGUUCCUCCUGCUACUUCUGACCCACUGGCAUUCAUUUCCUUCUCUGCCAAAGGCACCACAGUCAACUUAGCCGAGAGAAGAUCAGUGGCAAUUCAGAAUGUGGAUAAUACUGUCUUCAUCCAGACGGACAAACCUGUCUACAAACCAGGGCAAAAAGUGAUGUUUCGUGUGGUUACUUUGGACACCCAGUUCAGACCUGUUCAGGAGACAUAUCCCCGAAUCGUCAUUCAGGAUCCAGAGGAAAACGAGAUCUUCCAGUGGCUGGAGGUAACAUCUAAGCAUGGCAUUGUCCAGCUCUCCUUUUCACUAAUCCCGGAGCCUAUUCUGGGGUCCUACCACAUCACUGUGGAGAAGAAGUCAGGUGAAAAAGAGUACCAAUUCUUCACAGUGGAGGAAUAUGUGCUGCCAAAAUUUGAAGUGACAACCAGUGUGCCAAAGAGGAUUUCUUUCUUUGAUGAAGAAGUCAGGGUGAAUGUUUGUGCUUCGUACACUUAUGGCCAACCAGUGCAAGGAAAUGCCCAAGUCAAUGUGUGUAAGCAGCGCUAUUAUAGUCCACAAUGUGAGAAAAACCAGAAAGCAACCUGCGAAGCUGUCACUGGACUGCUGGGGAAGGAUGGCUGCCUCAACACUAUCAUCUCCAUCAAAACAUUCCAGCUCUACCGCAGCUACGGCAGGAUGUAUACCAGUCUCAACAUAGAAAGCAUCAUCACUGAAAAUGGGACAGGCAUCCAGAUGAAAGACUAUGACUAUGUUGCAGUCAACCAAGAAAAUGACAGAGUGAUGUUCAAGAAUAUGGAUCUCUAUUACAAGAGGGGAAUUCCUUACUAUGGUGAGAUCACUGUGACAAAUGUGGAUGACAAGCCCAUUGCUGACAGGACUGUCCUGCUGGAGCUUAAUGAAAAAUAUCUUGCCAACUAUACCACUGACAAGAACGGCACUGCUGCUUUUUCCCUCAACACUUCUGACUUCUUUGAUCCCAGUUUUAAGUUAACAGUCAGGCAGGCACCAGAUGACUGUGCAGACUUCUUCAUCUGGAGGAAUGACAAUGAGCCGCAAGCCUUAUUCUUUGUCCGACGUUUCUACUCACGGACCAACAGCUUUGUGAAAAUCGAGCCAGUGAAUGAGGAGCUCAGCUGUGGCCAGCGGCGAACAAUCAACGUUCACUAUGUCCUGAACAGAGAGGGUUACAAGAAUGCCAGAAACACAAACUUCUACUAUGUGGUGAUGACAAAAGGGAAAAUUGUUCUCAGUGGCCAGAAGCAAGUCAGCAUCUCUGGUGUUCCCAGAGGUACAUUCUCCAUCACACUGACUGUCACAGAGAAGCUUGCCCCCAGUGCCAGACUGUUGCUCUACACAGUGCAUCCUCACGGGGAGAUAGUAGCAGACAGCUCCUGGAUACGCAGCAAUGUAUGCUUCAAAAACAAGCUCCAGCUUGAGUUCUCUGAGAAGCAGCGUCUCCCGGGCUCUAAAGUCAGUCUCCACCUUGAAGCUGCUGCUAACUCCUACUGUGCCCUGCGAGCUGUAGAUCAGAGCGUCCUUCUUCUCCAGCCUGCACAAGAGUUAUCUGCUGAGAGAGUGUACUACCAACUUCGUGUGAGCGAUUUAUAUGGCUAUUACUACAAUGGGCUCAACCUGGAAGAUGAUAAGCCAGACCAGUGUACCCCAAUCAAAACCACCUUUUUUGAUGGCUUGUACUAUGAAUCUGUGAAUGUCAGUCGUGAUGGCGAUGUCUAUAGGAUUUUCAGGGAUAUGGGUCUGAAGGUUUUCACCAACUCUGUGCUACGGAAGCCAGUUCUAUGCAAUGAAGACAAAUCAGAUAUGGAAGAUUACCCUGGCUAUUUUAAGUAUGAUGUUGCCCAUGCCAGUGAUGAGUCAAGAAUUCUUGGUGGGGCUGGUGGUGGUGUUGGUAACACUGUUCGGAAAUUCUUCCCUGAGACCUGGAUUUGGGAUCUAGUUCACACUGAUUCCAGGGGAGAGGUGAAUGUCUUUUACACCAUUCCUGAUACCAUCACAGAAUGGAAAGCCAGUGCUUUCUGCGUGCAGGAUGAUGCUGGGUUUGGCAUCUCCUCACAUGUUUCACUGACAGCAUUCCAGCCAUUCUUUGUGGAUCUCACCUUGCCGUACUCUGUCAUUCGAGGGGAAAAAUUUAAUUUAAUAGCCAAUGUCUUUAACUACCUCAACAAAUGCAUCCAGGUCAGUGCCAUACUGGCAAAGUCAAGUGACUACAAGGCAGAAAUCCUUUUGCCAGAGAGCAACACAGCAACAGUGUGUGCCAAUGAAAGAAAAACCUAUAUCUGGGCUGUUAGCCCUGACAAACUUGGUGAGGUGAUAUUCACGAUUACUGCUGAGGCCAAACUGAAUACCAGAGGUACUGGAAACAACACAUCUCCAGAAGAAGAGACAAUUCACAAGGACACCCUGAUUCAAACCCUACUUGUUGAGCCUGAAGGUAUUAAAAAGGAAUUGACUCAGAGCUCCCUCAUCUGUACGAAAGACAUAAUGAUUUCUGAACCAGUGUCUCUCAGCCUGCCAAGAAGCCUAGUGGAGGGAUCAGCCAGAGCUUAUUUUUCUGUCGUUG